GUAUCGAUCUCCUGACCCGAUCGUCAUCUUUAUUUCAAUUUCAAGUUUUUUUCCCUCAACGUCUUCCCGCUUACGAGGCCGGAAUAUUCUUUCUCAACAUCGGCUGACCGAUCUACGACUCCGACCAAGAACUUCGCCGUUCCUCGUUUCCUAUUUCAGAUUACAUUCUCUCUCAGUGUAACUAAGAGAAAAAAAACUCUCAGCGAUACCGAUUUGUCCUUUGGGGAUUCAGAUCUCGAGAGAGAGAGAGUAGUAAUGGAGAAGGAUCUGUUAGAUAUCUCUGGGGAAGACGAAUCCAAUUGGCUUCUGAAAGAUACGCCGCUUAAAGGCGUCACGUCGUCGUUUGCCGUUGGUGGCCGAGAAAAGAGUUAUUUAGAUUGCUCACCUCUUCAAAUCCCUAGAUCGAGUCGCGCCCUUCCUCCUCCUCCUCGUCCUCCUUUUUCUUCAAUUGGAAGAGUAACAGGCAACACCAUGGAGGAGGAGAAGGCAAGCCAUUGUAUUGAAACAACAGGCAGUGUAGUAGGGAAGGAGAAUAGCAGUGGGAGCAAAGUUGAAUUGAGUGUGGAGCGACAACAGAUGAAAAAGAAGAAAAAGAAGAAUGCAGGUUUUAACUUGCGUAAAAGCUUAGCUUGGGAUAGAGCUUUUUCAACUGAAGAAGGUGUUUUGGAUUCCACUGAGCUAUCUAAAAUCACUGGAAAUGCUUGUCUAGUUGGUGGAGAUAUGUUGUCUGCAAUCCAGGAGGAGGCGAUGUCAGCUUCCAAAUUUACUAAUGUAUCACCCGGACUACAAGCUCUCGAGGAAACCUUGUUUAACGACUUGCCUGUGAAUAGUAAAAGGAGAGAGAAGAGGAUCAUGACUGGCACUGUGCCUAAGUACGCAACACCAUCUAAACCGCAAUCUUCCAUGGUGAUUCCAGCUCAGGAUUUGAGGAGCGGUUCCAAACGCAGUGGAUGUCCCCGACCUCCUCCUUCAUCUUCCCUGAAACGACCUGCAAAUGUGCAUACAACAAUACCACGUUGCAGGGAGCCGAUAUCUAAAGUUUCUACGACCAAAUCUGAUCCAGUUGCUAACAACAUGACAAGGAUUACUAGAAGUCCAAGCAAACCGAAACUAAGUCAACCUACUCAAUCAAAUAAUUCUCAGAAGAGCUUAGGAUCUGUAAGCUUCUCUAAAAGCACUUCGAGCGCCAAGAGUAAAACAAGUUCCAGCCUAACGAUCAAAAGUUCAAUUCCGAAGCCCUCUCUUAAGCAAUCUAGAAGAAAUGUGAUUGCCAAAACAUCAGCUAUUCCUUCAGCAUCCAAGUCACAGUAUUCUCUUGUUGGGAAGUCCAAAGAUGGCCCUAUGACUACAUCAGAUGUGGAUAUGCUUGGUCAUGCGUUAAAUACCCCCGAGUCUGAUGUAACUAAUAUGAGCACCACAUUAGCUCAAAAUAAUAGAGUUGGAAACACGCAGUUCGCAGUUUCCCCACUAGUAAAGACAUCAGGUUUAAGACUGCCGUCACCGUCAAUUGGCUAUUUCGAUCAGUCCGGUUCUCAACCUUCACACAGCGCAGAAGAGAAACAUAUACAGCUUCCGAGUUAUGAUGUUUGUUCAGCUUCUCGUUUUUCUUUGAUCCCUACCUUCAAGAAACCACAAUUUUCUGAAAAAGCUCCCAGAGUUAAAUCCAAGUCAGCAACUCGAACCAUCGCCAGUUCAGGUUCAGCUGCAGGUUUCUCUGUUCAAGAAAGGGUGAAAGUGGGCUUGAAAAGCACUCGGGACAUAGAAUCUAAAGUGUCGUCUUGUUCAAAGAAUUCUCAGAUUACUGAAAGCCUGCAGCAUCCGUGUAUCGUUCCUGGUGAUAUUUGUACAUCUGAGAACCUUUCUACAGCGAAAUGUGAAGAUUUCCAGAGUAGCAGUGAGCUGCAGCUCAGUAGAAGGCCUGAUGAUGAUAUGGUAGAAGGUCAACUUAUCAAAGGUUCCAUGGAUUCUCAGGUGCAGGGUCCUGCUGGCGAUGAGUUGACACAGUUGGAAGUCUGCAAUCAAGGGGAAGAAGAUAGAUGUAUUAUGAACGAUGUUAAUGGAGAUAUAGAUAUAUUGGAUGUACAUGGAAAACCACAAAAGGAAUGCAUGCACCCUGGAGAUGAAGACGAGCAGAGUGACUUCCUCUGUGGAGAAAAAGAUGUGCUAAUUACCAACCAUUCUACUGAAAAUGAUAUAUCUUCAGAAUAUCAGUUACGUCUUUUUGUUCCUUCAGGGUCUGCUGACGCACCAGAUUGUGUUCAAUCAUCAUGCAGCCAUUUUGAGGAAAAUGCAAUGUUGGAUUCCAUUCGGUGUGGUCAUAACAUAGAGUGUGAUGGUCAGGCUGUAGUAGAAACGGAAAAGAGAAUUGAUGUAAGCGAUAGCACAGAGACAAACUGUGAGGCUGACUUCGUUGGUCCAUUUCCCGAUCGCAAAGACUGGUCUCGAGGAUCUGAAGAACAGCAUUUCUCGUGCCAAUUAGCCCUUGAGGGGAAAGAGAGCAGUCGUGAGAUAGAUGUCUUGACCAGAAACGAAAGAGCAGAUGCAGAUGAUGGCCCUGAUUUGCAGAUAAAUUACUUAACUGGUUCUUCUGCAGUUGAGCAAAACAUCGAACCAGUGACCUUACUAAUGCCUUCCUCCGCUGAAGUUAAGAUGGAGAAUAAAUCUCGGGAAUCAUCUCAUGAACCCUGCUCUGAGAAACUAACUUCUGAAAAGCAUAUUCAGUAUAACUGUUCCAGUGCUGCAGAUACAUCUGAUAUGAAUGAUGUUUAUGAAGUGAAGCAGACUGAUCAACUUGGAACAUCAGAUGGUUGCUGUCCAGCAAAAGAUGUAUCUGCCACAGUCUCUUAUUCAAAUGAGGAGCUUGAAGAUAACUCAGAGCUGGAAGACAUGGAUCUGGUUACUGAGUCAGAUAGCUCAGAUGAGGAGCCUGAUGGUAAUUUGAAUCUGAAACAGGUGAAUCUGGUUACUGAGUUAGAAUUCAUUAGUAACCAGGAUGAGUUUCCUAUCAAGGGCAUUCCUGAUCAAGAAUAUCUGGAACAAGAAGCUAUCUAUACUGCAAUGGACCAGUGUGGAAAACCUCAAACUCUACUAAGUGAAUCAAUUGGUUCCCCGGCUUCUUUAUGUGAAGAUCCUGAGAGUCUAGAUCAGGACACCAUUUUCUCCAGAAGCUCCGAAGGCAGGUCGAGCCAGGAUUCAAAUUCUGCAUGUAUUGUGUAUAACUAUGGUGGAAAAGCUGAAGUCCAGACAGAUACUAAAAAGGAUUUCAGUACUCGGGUUACUGGUCAAGAAUAUGUCUCUCAUGAAGAAGGUGAAGUUCAGCUCACAAAGAUCUCUCGUGAUCCUGUAGAAUAUGUGACCAGAGAGGAGGAAUCAGUAGCUCCGAUAUCUAAGAAUGAGGCUUUCUCAGUCAGAGAUGAUAUGCAGCCUGACGAGUUUACUGUGCUGAGCGAUGACACUUUGACAUCAGAAAGCAAUGGAGUUCAUGCUUCUGAAAAGGAUUUCAGUGCUCAGGUUACUGAUCAAGAACUCGGCUUUAAUGGAGAGGUGGAGGCUCAAGUUAUAAAGAUCUCUCCUGAUCCUGUAGUAUAUGUGAGCAGAGAGGAAGAACCAAGGACUCCUAUAACCAUGAACGAGACUUUCUCAGUCAGAGAUGAUAUCCAGCCUGACGAUGACAAUUUGACAUCAGAAAACAAUGGAGUCCAUGCCUCUGAAAGCAGUAGCGAUCGUAAAUGUUCACCAGAAGGCAAGGAUAAGACGGUACCAAUGGAUGCUAAGUCUGAGAAGAAACCUGAUCCUAUUAUUGUAAAGCCUCCAAACGCUGUUCCAUUUUCUGACGAGUGGUUAGCUGCAAUUGAGGCUGCUGGGGAGGAAAUCUUAACACUGAAAAGUGGACGUGUACAACAUUCACCAACCGACAAGACUGUUCCUGAACCAGGUCCAUGGUCUCCGGUUAAGAAGAAGAACAAUCAAGGAGUAGGACCAUUUGACUGCACAAAGUAUACAAACAAAGGUCUUCCUCCUGCUUUAGAUUGAAAUCUUGGUUUCGUCUACCUUAACCAUUCGUUUCUUUUGUCUUUUACCGUUAUUUAACCACUACCAGGAAACUAAAACUUUGUUGAACACAACCAGCUUUCUUUUGCAUGCUUAAGAAAUCAAAUGUGUACAAAGAACUUGCUGUUUUGUUCUUGUUUAGAAGCAUUAAUGACUUGUUCCAUAAGGGGAUACAUUUUCGUACCA